GAGGUCACGCGGCCAUCUUGUGUUGGGCCGAGGGCCCGCCGAUAGCCAUGGCGUCAUUUACCGAACCGGCCCUGGAGAAGAAGCUUUCGGAGCUUAGUAAUUCUCAGCAGAGCGUGCAGACAUUGUCCCUAUGGCUGAUCCAUCACCGGAAGCACGCAGCUAAUAUAGUGACAGUGUGGCAGCGGGAGCUCCGGAAAGCCAAGCCAAGUCGGAAGCUGACCUUCCUGUACCUGGCCAACGAUGUGAUCCAGAACAGCAAGCGGAAGGGACCCGAGUUCACCCGUGAGUUUGAGACAGCGCUGUUGGAUGCGUUCACACAUGUGUCCAGCGAGGCGGAGGAUGGCUGCCGGAAGGCACUGGAGAGGUUGCUGCACAUCUGGCAGGAGCGCAGCGUCUACACAGCCGACUUCAUCCAGCAGCUCCGAUCGGCUAUUGAUGGAGAUAACAGCCCCAGGGAACCCCCAGUGAUCGAGGAGAAGACGACGACAUUAAAACGUACUUUCCAGCAAGUUCAAGAAGAAGACGAUGAUUACCCAGCCAGCUACUCCCCGCGGGACCCCACGGCCGGACCCCUUUUGACCGAAGAUCUCAUCAAAGCUCUUCAAGAUCUUGAAAAUGCCGCAUCAGGCGACGCUGCCGUAAGGCAGAAGAUCGCAUCCCUUCCGCAAGAAGUCCAAGAUGUAUCGUUACUGGAAAAGAUCACCGACAAAGAAGCCGCCGAGCGACUUUCCAAGACGGUGGAUGAGGCUUGUUUACUGCUGGCGGAGUACAACGGGCGACUGGCAGCUGAAUUAGACGAUCGCAGGCAGUUGGCGCGAAUGCUGAUGGAGUAUACACAGUCUCAGAAGGAGGCCUUGAGCAACAAGGAGAAGAAGCUAGAGGAAUACAAACAGAAGCUAGCUCGGGUGACGCAAGUACGGAAAGAGCUGAAGUCUCACAUACAGAGCCUCCCCGACCUUUCGCUACUUCCCAACGUUACAGGUGGACUGGCACCUCUCCCCUCUGCAGGGGACCUGUUCUCCACAGAUUAG